AUGAGUGUACGACAUAAGUCCCUGUUCAGUUACAAUUUAACCCGCCCUUUUCCUUUCCGGUGGUUCACACCAGGGGCAGUGGUUGGAGGCCUUAUAUUAACGGCAGUAUUCACUUUUGUGAAUUUUGCCUCAAGUGGAUAUGUUUUGGCCAUCGAGAUGUCUUCCAACCCUAACGUCACUCUCUCCCAAUCGAUGGGUUCGAUGAAUUAUUGGCCGUCCUACCUUACGUCAAAAGUGAGGCCAAUAUGCCAACCGAGCUCACUGCCUGUAAACACGCGAUUCUUCACAAACCAGACGGCGCUGAUGUAUACGCUUACGAGCGUGUGGCAAGAAGAGCCACAACGAAUGAUCUCGCCUUCGCUAACGUACCUUGGCAAUGUGCUUGAGAACUGCGUUGUAAACUCGAUUCAGAUUGAUCUUGAUAGCCAAGACCGCGCGGCUAACCAACUGGCAUUCAUGGAAUGGGGCGCGGGUGUGCGCACAUCUGUAACAUGCGAGAUAUCUACAGCCACCGGGCCGGUCUUCCUCAACGUCACCCAGUCUUACGACUACGUACCUGAUACCGUCUCCUUUUCCCAAAUAGAAAAGUUUCUGGGUUCAGGAAUAUUGAGUCGUGAUAAGACAACACGAGCAAGUUUGUGGUGGGGGGAGUCGCUCAUGUCUACAUACUGGACUGAGGUCACAGCUGGCAUGCAGGAUGAGACACGCGGCAGAAGCGUAGGCAAUUGGCCAAUUCGUAAAGGCACUCUCUACUUUGUUCCUCAGCCUGGUGCCAGGAUCGAAAAAGAAGAUUUUUUUAGCUACUUCCAAGCGCAGUUCAUCGUCGCUACACAGCCAGGUGACUACGAAUACCCGAAACCGAUCAGUCACCCAACCAUAGCAGAACUCGACAGCUUGAGUGUGUACCCCAACAUCUGGACUCCAGCGAGCAACCUGGCCAAAGCAGCAUACGCCAUGGUCUUGGCUGAUCUAGGCCAGAACCCGAAAGAGCCAACAAUGUUGACGGAUGUGGAGCUAUUGCGGUCAUUCACUUCGAAUCUCGUAUCUGCGCAGAAGAAAGCUUUCAAUGCAAAACCAGGGCCAGCGACCCAGAGCUACGAUGAGACGACUACUGGUGCCUUAUCUGUGACACCCUCAGUUAUCUCCGCUCAAUACCUCUGCCAAGUUCCUCGCUUACGUUCACCGGGCAGUCUACUACUAGCUAUCCUAGUGGCUGAUUUAAUCUUUCUCCAGACGGCUUGGCAGUUGUAUAAAUUAAUCUGCGAACAUUUGCUUACUCGCCGCUAUCCAGAUGGGAAUUCGUGCCAUGGGUGCUUGAAUGGUCCAGUGGAGUCUCGAUUAGCGCAUUCUGUAGAAAUGACAGCAGGAAAGACUUAUCAGCCGGUACGGCAACAAGAAGUUGAGGUUUCGUGAAAACACUUGAGUAAAGACGCGGGAUGGGAGCUUAAGCAAACGCAAUCAAGAUGAGCAGGGAAAAAACAUGUGUAGGGGAUAUCUCGUGUUGAGCUACUACUUAGAUUACCAAGUAAUCAUC